AUGAGCCACGAGAAGCAGGAGGCGGACUAUACGGCGGAGGUGGACACGCUCCUCCCCCAGCUCGAGGUGCAGGUGAAGAGCAGCGGCCUGCAGGCCGCGCUUGAGCUUAUUGCGCCGCUCGAGAAGCGCGCGCGCGGCGGUGGCGAUUUGCUGAGCACGUCGCGCCUGCUGCUCGUCAGCGUCCUGAUGAUCCGCACCACGCCGAGCGUCAAGGAGACGGAUAUGAAGCUGUUGUGCGACACGAUUGUCGGCUAUUCCAAGAAGCACGGGCAGCUGAAGCAGGCGAUUGCGCGCAUGGUGCAGCUCGCGAUGCUCUUUCUCCAGAAGCCGGCGGCGGCGGACGCCAAGGUCCCGAAGUCGAUCUAUGCGAUUGUCGACAAGGAGCUCUUUGCCGACGAGAAGAAGCCCGAGGCGAUGGACACGGACGAUGCCGCGGACGAGUCGGACGACAAGGCGGGCAUGGAAGACGGCCGAAUCACGGUGCUCAUGCAGCAGGGCCGCGCCCUUGGCGAUACUGGCUUGGACGACAAGCUGCGCCUGCAGCUCAUCGAGACCCUGCGCGAGGUCACCGAAGGCAAGGUGUUUGUCGAGGUCGAGCGCGCGCGCGUCUCGCGCAUGAUGUCAGACCUGUUGUACGCCCAGGGCGACGUGAACCAGGCGGCGGAUGUCCUGCAGGACCUCGCCGUGGAGACCUUUGGCUCGCUCGAGCGCCGCGAAAAGGUCGAGUUCAUUCUCGAGCAGAUGCGCCUGAACAUGGAGCGCGGCGACUUUCACCGCGUCAACCUCUUUUCGCGCAAGAUUCAUACCAAGUUCUUUGAGGACGAAGCGCAGCAGGACCUCAAGUUGCUGUACUAUGACCUGAUGAUCCGUGCGGGGAUGCACGACCGCAAGCACCUCGACGUGUGCAAGUACUACCGCGAAGUCCUCAACACGCCCUCGGUGCGCGCGGACACCCAAAAGAGCGAAGAGACGCUCCGCAACGUGAUCCUCUUCCUCGUUCUCGCGCCGUACGACAACGAGCAGAGCGACCUGAUGAGCCGCGUCGAGACGAUGGAGCGCCUCGACACUGUGCCGGAGCACCGCAGCCUGCUCAAGUGCUUCACUACGCCAGAACUCAUGCGGUGGCCGGGCAUCGAGGCGCUCUACGGCGAUAUGCUCAAGGCGACGCCCAUCUUUGCGGGCUCCAGCGAGGCGGACGCACGCUGGAAGGAGCUCCACGCGCGCGUCGUCGAGCACAACAUCCAGGUCGUGUCCAAGUACUACACCAAGAUCCGCCUCGAGCGCCUCGCACAGCUCCUCGACCUCACCCCGGCCGAGGCAGAAGAGGCACUCGCGGACCUCGUGGUGAAAAAGACCAUCCACGCGCGCAUCGACCGCCCGUCGAAGCUCGUCGACUUUGAGGCGCGCCUUUCCGACGCGGAAGUGCUCAACCACUGGAGCAGCGAUAUGGGCAAGCUCCUGCGCACCGUCGAAAAGGUCUCGCACCUCGUCGAGAAGGAGUGGGCGAUCCAGCGCGCGGGGCUCGUAGUGAAAGCGAAUGAGUAG